CCAUCAAAAUUCACUUCAUCACAAAAUUAAACUCAAACUAUAAAGCAUUAUCCUCAUCUCAAACGCCAUCAAUAACAUACCCUUCACCCUUAAUUGCCAUGACCUACAACAUUAUAAUUUUGUCACUCUUCUUCUUCAUCGGCUUCCUCCUCAAUUCUUCUUCUGCUCAAGUCAUAGGUCGUAAUGAUCUUUACCCUCAGUGCUCCACCGGCAGUAAUUUCACUGCCAAUAGUACCUUCGACUCUAACCUCCAAACUCUAUUUUCUCCCUUAACUUCCAACAAAACCGCCAACCUCGACUUCUACAACACCACCGUUGGCCGCGGCGGCGAGACUGUAAACGGCCUCUUCAGGUGCGUGGGUCCCGUCAACCAGGACAUAUGCCGCCAGUGCGUAGCUAACUCAAUCCUACAGGCUGGAUUCAUGAAUGUAUUGACGAUUAUUAUGAACCAGACGGCGGACGAGGCUUCCAAGUCUGCUGUGAUGAAGCAGAAGUUUAAGACGAAUGCGGUGGUGGUAGAGUUUCAAACUAUGUACGUUCUGGUUCAGUGCACGCCGGACCUUUCGUCGGCGGAUUGCAGAAGGUGUCUGAGCGGAGUGAUUGGGGACUUUAGAUGGUGUUGCGAUGGGAAGAUCGGAGGAAGAGUGCUAUAUCCGAGUUGCUUCGCUCGUUAUGAAUUGUAUCGGUUCUCUAAUUCUUCUACGCCUCUUCUGCAAGUAAAGCUGCCGCCUCCUCCGGCUCUACUUCCUGUUGGAAGCGAAAGCAACACUUUAGAGCCUCUGCAAUUCGGUUUGGCUACGAUUGAAGCAGCGACAAAUAAGUUUUCAAAGCAAACUAGUUUAGGUCAGGGUGGAUUUGGACAAGUUUACAAGGGCAUUCUUUCAAAUGGCCAAGAGAUAGCGGUAAAAAGACUUUCGAAAAGUUCUGGCCAAGGAGCAGAAGAAUUUAAGAAUGAAGUUUUGCUAAUAGCCAGGCUCCAGCAUAGAAAUUUGGUGGCCUUGCUAGGAUUUUGCAUAGAAGAGCAAGAGAAAAUUCUCAUUUAUGAAUAUGUUCCCAACAGAAGUCUUGAUUACUUCCUGUUUGGUUAG